CCUCCCGCCCUCGCUCCGCGCUCGCUCCUUCCCCCUCGCCCGCUCCGGCUUCCCGCGGCGCCCGGCCUCCCCUCCGCCGCCCGGUGCGCGGCUCUCCCGGGCGCGGCUCCGCGGUUCAUGGUGACGAGGCGGCGGCCGCUCGAGCCCAGCGGCGGCAGCGGGAACUGGGGCGCGGGCGCGGACCGCCUCUCCCCAAGCGCGGGGCCGGGCGGCGGGCGCGCCCAGGCGGCGGCGGCGGCGAGCGCCCCCCCGGCCCGCGGCCCCGCGCGCCCACCGCGCCGCACCCCCGCGCGCCCGGCAGGCGGGGGGCCGGGCCGGUGGGCGGCCGCCACGCCGCGCACCCAUGGACGGCCCGGCCAUCAUCACCCAGGUGACCAACCCCAAGGAGGACGAGGGCCGGGCGCGGGGCGCCAGCGAGAAAGCUUCCCAUUGCAACGUCAGCUUGAAGAAGCAGAGGCACCGCAGCGUCCUCAGCUCCUUCUUCUGCUGCUUCCGGGACUACAAUGUGGAGGCCCCGCCCGCCAGCAGCCCCGGUGUGCUGCCCCCGCUGGUGGAGGAGAACGGCGGGCCGCCCAAGGGUGACCAGAGGCAGGUCAUUCCCAUACCAAGUCCACCAGCUAAAUACCUCCUGCCCGAGGUGACGGUGCUCGACUAUGGAAAGAAAUGUGUGGUCAUUGAUUUAGAUGAGACGUUGGUGCACAGUUCAUUCAAGCCUAUUAGUAACGCUGAUUUUAUUGUUCCGGUUGAAAUCGAUGGAACGAUACAUCAGGUGUACGUGCUGAAGCGGCCGCACGUGGACGAGUUCCUCCAGAGGAUGGGCCAGCUCUUUGAGUGCGUUCUCUUCACUGCCAGCCUGGCCAAGUAUGCAGACCCCGUGGCUGACCUGCUGGACCGCUGGGGUGUGUUCCGGGCCCGGCUCUUCAGGGAAUCCUGUGUUUUCCAUCGAGGGAACUACGUGAAAGACCUGAGUCGCCUGGGACGGGAGCUGAGCAAAGUGAUCAUCGUGGACAAUUCCCCGGCCUCGUACAUCUUCCACCCUGAGAACGCAGUGCCUGUGCAGUCCUGGUUCGAUGACAUGACGGACACGGAGCUGCUGGACCUCAUCCCGUUCUUCGAGGGCCUGAGCCGCGAGGACGACGUGUACAGCAUGCUGCACAGGCUCUGCAAUAGGUAGCCCCGGCCGCCGCCCGCCUCCCCUGUGCACUCGGACCCCAGCCCUGGGGACCUGCCCGGCCAUUGCUCCCCGGGAGCCGAAGUGAGGACACGCCGUGCUCCAGGCCACGGGGUGAAUGUGGCCAUACCUACCUGUUUUAUUUUUAAAGAACAGAAACAACUAUUUUAAAAUGAACUCUUUUAACGAAUUUCCUAAAGGG